CAUUUACAAACUUGAACGUCACACUCAUCACGCUCAUUUCUUUUCAUCACGUGGUGGACACUGAGGUUGUCAUCCCCGAGCUCAAUGUCGUCUGCAAUGAGCACCGCUUGGAGGGCAGUACUAGUUACAACUAGAAGUCAGGCAAGGGCAGGCUUACUACCGUCGUCACGCACAUUACACCAUCUUUCCAGCACAUGGGGACCUCCAUCAGCGAACCUCGUGCCCAUAGUCAUUGAACAGACAGGAAGGGGCGAGCGAUCAUAUGACAUUUUUUCCCGCCUAUUGCGCGAACGUGUAAUAAUGUUAUAUGGACCUAUACGGGAUACAGAUUCAGCCCUGACUGUUGCGCAACUCUUAUUUCUUGAAGCGGAAGAUUCCUCUAAACCAAUACACCUAUACAUCAACUCCCCUGGAGGAAGCGUGACCGCAGGACUAGCUAUAUAUGAUACAAUGCAGUACGUUUCUUCCCCGAUACACACAUAUUGUGUGGGACAAGCAUGCUCCAUGGGAUCCCUCUUAUUGGCGGCGGGUGAAAAGGGAAAGCGUCAUUGUCUUCCUAAUGCCAGUAUCAUGAUCCACCAGCCUUCUGGAGGCGCUUCUGGACAGGCUUCUGACAUUGCAAUUCACGCCAAGGAAAUUUUGCGCGUGAGACAUCUACUGACAACUAUAUAUCAGCAACAUUGUGCCAAAGCAGAGGAGAGUGAAGCAUCGGGACUGGAGCGUUUCGAGACGGCACUGGAGCGAGAUUAUUUUAUGACGGCACAAGAAGCUCUUAACUUUGGGAUUGUUGAUGGCAUUCUGGAGAAAAGACCAAGUUCCGAAAGCGAUUCAAAUCUGCAUGAUACACGAACUUAAAGCCCUUCUACUCCCGAUGGGCGCGAUGAAUGGCAAUGGAAGCCCCUUUUGCCCUUUUUGUAGUCUUUUCUACGCCCGUGUAAUCUUCGCUGGUGAUGGGGUAGGAUAGCAUGACUUUCCUUACAUGUGAAAUGGACUGAUACAGGCAUUGUUGUAAGUUUCUAGAUGGACCACUUCCCCUGAACUUUGUGUACCAGUAUUGAAUACGCCUACCUCCAUUGUGAAAGGCAUCAGACCGCAGAUCCCCGUUUCCAGAAUCCUUUGUGCUGAUCGGCAUAUCAAGGGUAAAUUCCCAGGUCAGCGUGUCCCAAUUGAUCGAUCUACCUGGCUUCCUGGCGCCAACAUGUUGUGUUGCGGCGUAAUACCCUUCAUUGAGUAUUACCCCUUGCGUAAACUAACAACAGUAGUGACUUCGUCAUGGCCGGUCUAAAAGAUCUAGUGAC